CUUUGCAUAUUACGUUCGUUAAAAUUAUUUUCCAAUCCCUUUCUUUUCCUUACACAUUUAGUAUUAUUAAUUAGUUUAUUGUUCGUCUCUCAGUUCGUCGUCUCUUCGGAUUUAAAAAGAGCUACCAUGUCAAAGAUAAAGGCCGGACCAGUCGUUGACAUCCUUGGAGAUGAAAUGACAAGAAUUAUCUGGGAUCUGAUUAAAGAUAAGCUUAUUUUACCAUUCUUAGAUAUAGAAUUGCACACAUAUGACUUGGGUAUGGAAUACCGUGAUCAGACAGAUGAUCAAGUUACCAUUGAUUGUGCUAAUGCGAUAAAAAAAUACAAUGUUGGUAUUAAAUGCGCCACUAUUACACCUGACGAAAAAAGAGUAGAAGAAUUUAAAUUAAAGAAGAUGUGGAAGAGCCCUAACGGAACCAUCCGUAAUAUUCUUGGUGGUACCGUAUUUAGGGAAGCUAUUAUCUGCAAAAAUAUUCCUCGACUUGUAACUGGUUGGGAAAAACCUAUAAUCAUCGGUCGUCAUGCUCAUGCUGAUCAGUACAAAGCAACAGACUUUGUUGUACCUGGUGAGGGUCAACUUGAAUUGAUUUGGACACCGCCAUCUGGACAGCCAAUCAGACAAGUUGUCAAUGAUUUCAAGGGCGCCGGUGUAGCUCUUGGUAUGUUUAACACAGAUGCUUCAAUUGUCGACUUUGCCCAUUCUUCAUUCAAAUAUGCCCUAGACAGGAAGUAUCCACUUUAUCUGAGCACAAAGAAUACUAUUCUUAAGAAGUAUGAUGGUCGUUUCAAGGACAUUUUCCAAGAAAUAUAUGAUAAUCAAUAUAAGGCGCAAUUUGAAGCCGCAGGGAUUUGGUAUGAACACAGAUUGAUUGAUGAUAUGGUUGCCUAUGCAAUGAAAUCUGAAGGUGGUUUUGUAUGGGCCUGCAAAAACUAUGAUGGUGACGUUCAGUCGGAUUCGGUAGCUCAAGGUUAUGGAUCUUUAGGUCUUAUGACAUCUGUUCUUAUUUGCCCGGAUGGAAAGACUGUUGAGGCUGAAGCCGCUCAUGGCACUGUGACCAGACAUUAUAGAUUCUAUCAGCAAGGAAAGGAAACAUCCACCAACCCUAUUGCUUCUAUCUUUGCUUGGACCAGAGGUCUCUUGCAUCGUGCUAAACUAGACAACAAUAAUGAGCUAAAGAAAUUCGCUGAAACUCUUGAGAGUGUUUGCAUUAACACUAUUGAAUCUGGUGUAAUGACAAAAGAUCUUGCUAUUUGCAUCAAGGGCAUGAAUGAUGUAAAGAGGUCAGACUAUUAUGAAACCUUUGAAUUCAUGGAUAAACUAGCCGAAAAUCUUAAAAAAAGCUUGGGCAAGUGACUAUAUAUUCAAGAGCCAAGAUGUAAUCUAUAAAGUGUAUUUUUCUUUUCAAAUCAGAUAUAUUUUUGGCAUAUGGGUAUAUAUAAUAUAGGGAAGGUAUUUUUUUUAUUUAAUGCAUUUAUUUAAUUGUAUUUUUUUUUUCAAUAAAUGUAUUAUUGUACAGUGCCUUAAAAAUAACAUCAUAGUCUUUCUUUGACUGUUACUAAUUCCAUUUCCUAUAACAGGGUUCUUUAGCCUCCUAGACACCGAUCCUAGAGAUUGAAAGGAAUGAUACCGUAUAUAUAACUCCAUUACCACAAAGAGACACUAGUUCGUAAUUACUUAUAGUUAGACAAAACAACAAUAAAAUACAAACAUUAGGUUGAUCUUGCGUAAUAUUUUCUCACGCGACAUCCAAUAUUAUGAUUUUAAGCGUAUGGUAGUGUCACGGGCUUUCAACGUUAAAAUACUUGUAUCGGCAGUACAUAUACUAUACUACUUGUUACUAACUGCGUAAGUAAUUAGAAAAGUUAUUAGUAUUUUUUCAUAGGCUUUGUAUGUAAAUACGUACAAGCAUAAAAUAGUGCGUUGUCAUUCUCAAAUACUUGUAUUAGUUGCGUGACUGAUAUUUAUUCGAAUAUUGUUAACAAAGUGGACUUCACUCAAUACAAAAUACAAUACUGUACUUAAAACGUGAGAAUGUGAUUAGAUUUGUAGGUAGUGAAAUCUUAUCAAAAUAUAAUUAUUUGAACAGAAUUUGUUAGACUGAUACUGAACAAAUAAAUAUUGGAAACAUUUUUCUUUUGCUAGUUUAAAAAUGAGAUAAUUAUGGCAGUGUACCAGGGUAACUAUGGGGAUAAUACUUUAUUCUUCAGGAGUGACGAGGCAUGACUGCUGACGUGGAUAUCUGAUUUAUGGUAUUUAAUGCAUACUUGUGGUCAACGAUUGGCAGGAAUAUUUAGUUAAUUAUGUUUCUCAUUCAAGUUUAUUUAUCUAUAUACAUAAAAUGAAAUUAGAGUGUCUGUUUGUAAAUAACCGUUUUCCUACAAGUAU